AUGUUCUUUUGGGGAUGGUGGGUUUGUAGACAAAACGACGUCUCAGAGAUUGAAAUUUCGGAUCGUGUCUCUGCUUCUUCCUUCAAUCCGAUUUCGGACAACCUUUUACUCAGACAUAAGAUUUUCAUUUUUGUCCAGCUCAGUCAAUGGUUCACUGGUUGUUCCUUAUCCAUUCAUAUUGGUUGUUUUGUCUUUUCUCCCUCUAGUGUAAGACUCUCUGCACCAGAGGCAACCACUGAAAAAGGGAGCACGAGUGGAUAG